AUGAUAUAUUUAAAAAAGUUAUUUCUAUAUUCAGCAUUUUAUAUAUUAUGUGUAAUUCCUUAUAUAAUUAGUUCAACUAAUUUUAGUUCAAAUAAUGAGUACAUAAAUAAAGGAAAUAUAAAAAGAUCAAUAGAAGAAAUAAAUAAUUUUAAAUAUGAUAAUAAAAUAACAAAUAAUUUAUCGACAAAUAAUAGAAAAAAAAGAGAAAUAAUAAAAUCACAAUAUAAAUGGACUUCACCAAUUUACUACCAAGUUGAUGUCUCAUUAAACUAUAGAUUUAUAAAAAAAGCAAUCAGAAUUUUAGAAACAUCAACAUGUUUUAGAUUUGUAUAUAUUAGCCUUUCAAAAAAUCAUUUUUCAGGUAUCAAAUUUGUUAGUUCUUCCAAAUGUUAUGCUUACUUAGGAAAAAAAUUUGAAAAAGGUUUACAAGUAAUAGGUAUUGGAAACGAAUGUCUAAGUUUGGGAGGAAUAACACAUAUGAUUUUACGUACAUUAGGAAUUAUUUAUCAACAUUGUCGGAUUGAUAGAGAUGUAUUUAUAAAAGUAUUUCCUGAAAAUAUUGCUGCAGAAUAUAUGGAAGAUUUUCAAAUAUUACCAAAAUCUAAAAUUAAACAUUUAUCUUUACCUUAUGAAUAUGGUUCUGUAAUGCAUUUUGGAAUGCAGACUGGUAGUAAAAAUAGGGGUUAUACAUUGAUGCCUAAAGAUCAUCUUUAUGAAAAUACUGUUGGACAACUGGAUUAUCCUACUUUUAAUGAUAUAAAAGCUUUGAAUUUGCAUUAUUGUUCCAAAAUAUGUAAAUAUACAUUAAUAUGCAAAAAUCAUGGAUAUCAAGAUCCUAAUGAUUGUGGUAAGUGUAUAUGUAUUGAUGGAUUUGCAGGUGCGAUUUGUGGAUAUAUGGCAAAAAGAGUUAUAAUAUGUGGGCAAAAAAAAAUGAUAGCUAGAGAUAAACCAACAUAUCACAAAAUAACUGGAAAUAAGUAUUGUGUUUAUCAUUUAAAAUCAAUAAAUAGGAAAAAAAUUCAACUUGUAAUUUUAAAAAUAAACAUGGAACCUAAGUAUUUUUUAAAAUGUCAAAUGAAUAGGUCAUUUGAAGUAAAAUAUUGGAAAGAUAAAUCUCUAACAGGUGCAAGAUUUUGUCACCAGAAGUUCUCUAAAAUUAUUAUAUCACAUAAUAAUUAUAUUAUUUUACAUUAUAGAAGUAGUGAUCCUAGAAACUAUGUUUAUUUUUAUUAUAAAGAGAUACCUUAA